UGAGUUCAUUUCUCCUUCAAUUUUUGUUGCUUUGGGAUGCUGCAAACUUUCGUCUGCUUCUUCAACACAGUCCACUUGAAAAAACUGCUGCAUUUUCUUUGCUCCCAUAAAAGUUUCCAUUGAAUUACCAAAUACUAAUUUGCUUUCCCCUUCAAUUGUAUUGAAAAUUUCUAGUUUCUAGAAAGAAAAAGGAUGAUUUGUGUACAGUAGAUUGCUGCAUUUUCUUAGCUGCCAUGAAAGCACCUCCAGUCAAACCUCACUUUUUCAAACCCGUUCUCCCAGGUUUCAAGAAUGGUCUUUUUUAUGUUGUACUGCAGAAAAUUCCAGAUGGUUUCUUGAAGUAUUUGAUAGGACGCGAGGAGCGGGGACAUGCAAUACUGAAAAAGGCUGGUAAGAAGUGGCUGGUGAAGAUAAAUGGCCAGAAAUUGGAAGAAGGUUGGGGAAAAUUCGCGGAGGAGCAUGAUUUGCAGUUAGGAGAUAUGCUGAUUUUCAGACUUGAAGGAGACAUGGAAUUUGAUGUUUCCGUCUUUAAUUUAAGUCAUUGUGACAGAGAAUAUGCAGAGUAUUUGCAAGAAGAAGAAGAAGAAGAAGAAGAAGAAGCCCAUACUGUUGACGAGACUUCCAAGAAUUUUGAAUUCAAAGAAGCUGCUCAUCACAACCGUUUUGGUCAAUCUCAGUUUAUAUGCACUGUUAAGCCGUAUAGCCUUAGAAAUGGUUACUUGCGCAUUCCUAGUAAAUUUGCAAAGGCAAAUGGUCUCACCAACAAGGAAUGUGGUUUGAUUAUUAGAGAUGAAAGACAAAGGUCAUGGAAUUUAAGGAUAUAUACCUCUUGUUCUCAUGUCUAUAUUGGAGGAAGAUGGAGUGAAUUCCGUGCUGCAAAUGACAUAAAGGAGGGAGAUCAAAUAAUGUUUGAGGUUGUUAGUAGUGGAGAACAACCAAUCUGGAACUUUCAUGAAUAUGCAGAGUAUUUGCAACAAGAAGAAAAAGGUGUCCAUACUUUUGAAGAGACUUGCAAGAAAUUCGAAUCGAAAGAAGCUGCUCCUCACGAUCCUUCUGGUCAAUCUCAGUUUGUAUGCACUAUUAAACAGUAUUUUCUUACAAAUGGUUACUUGCGCAUUCCUAGUAAAUUUGCAAAGGCAAAUGGUCUCACCAACAAGAAAUGUGAUUUGAUUAUUAGAGAUGAAAGACAAAGGUCAUGGAAUUUAAAGAUGUAUACCUCUUGUUCUUUUGUCUUUAUUGGAGGAAUUUGGGGAAAAUUCUGUGCUGCAAAUGACAUAAAGGCGGGAGAUCAAAUAAUGUUUGAGGUUAUUACUAAUGGAGAACAACCAAUCUGGAAAUUUCAUGACAUAACAAACCCCAGCACAGUUGAAGAGACUUCCGAAAAUUCUGAAUUCAAAGAAGCUACUCGUCACAACCCUAUUGGUCAAAAUCAUUUUGAAUGCUUUAUUAGACCAUAUUGCAUUUCAAAGGGUUACUUGCGCCUUCCUAAACAAUUUGCCAUGGCAAAUGGUCUCAUCAACAAGAAAUGUGGUCUGAUUAUCAAAGAUGAAAGACAAAGAUCAUGGAAUUUAAGGCUAUAUACCCACAAUUCUAUAGUCCAUAUAUUGGGUGGAUGGAGUGAAUUCUGCGUGGCUAAUGACUUAAAGGAGGGAGAUUAUAUGAUGUUUGAGGUUGUUGCUAAUGGAGAAAAUCCAAUAUGGAAAUUUCACGACAAACCAAAUCCCAGCAUCAAGUCAUCAACAAAGGCAUUUCCCCAUGUAGAAGCUGCUACUCACAAGACUUCGGACCAUUCUCGUUUUGUAUGCACUAUUAGACCAUAUUGCCUUACAUAUGGUUAUUUGUGCCUUCCAAAACAAUUUGCACUCAGAAAUGGUCUCAUCAGCAAGAAACGCGAUGUGAUUAUUAGAGAUGAAUGGGAAAGGUCGUGGAAUUUAAUUUUACGUCCUUUUGGUACUAGUGUGUGUAUUAGAGGUGGAUGGGAUAAAUUCCGUGAGGCGUAUUGCUUAAAGGAGGGAGAUCACAUAAUGUUUGAGGUGGUUACAGAUGGAGAGAAACCAAUAUGGAAAUUUCAUGGCAAAAUCUCUGGGGGGAAUGUAAGCAUCAUUGAACAAUGAAAGCAUGCUAUGUUUUCUCACAGGAAAACAAACAAAAAAUGAUAGGUGGUUUCUUCCUAUUUGCCUAAGCCAUGUCGGGUUGAGUUAAUGGUACGUGUUGCAUGUCGGGUUGAGUUAAUGGUACGUGUUGGCGGGAUGUAAGCUUGUUCGAAUACCACCAUUACCCACCCCCCCACCCCCACAUAAAUAAAUAAAUUAAGAAACUUAUCUUUCUGAAUGAGGUGUAGUCAAGUUAUGAUUUGAAAUUAGAGUUAUCAACCUCCAUGAAUUCCUUUGAAAGAUCUGGAAACUUAUCUUGUCCAUUUUUUAUGAUUUGAUAUACUGUCCCAUCCUAAUUUAUGUAUGGCUGAUUGAGCCUGGGUCAAGUUAUGGGUAUUUUUUUCAAUAACAAAAUCAAUAAGAUUUUUUU